AUCAAUACAAUUCAUUGAAGAAAGGCCCUUCCACCAGAAGAAGUAACCCCUUUUCUCUAGAUCCUUCUCAAUAUCAAAACAACAAUAUUUUACUUAAAUAUAAUUAGAAAAAUUAUAUGUAUAUAUAUCCAAGACUUUGGAAAGUAAUACAUACAUAGAUAAUCAUGUCGAGCAAUGAAGAAACAGAUUACGAUUAUCCAUCAAAUUCAAAUGGAGGCUUACAGAACGUUAAGCAGAGGUUUAAAGAUCGAUCCAGGAAAGUAGCACAGACGAAAGAAAAAACAAAAGAGAUAUUGUCGAAACAAGCUGUAAAAAUCGCCAAACAGGCGGAAGAACAUGAAAGUUUCAUCACCAAGGUCACUCAUUUCAUGGGUGUCUUUGCAUUUGGGGGAUUUUGCUUUAUUUUGGGUGCAAGGCCACAAGAUAUCCGAUACGUCUACUGCUUGAUAUACGUCACCUUUGUUCCCCUUAGGUGGAUUUAUUAUCGCUAUAAGAAAUGGCAUUAUUACCUCCUGGAUUUUUGCUACUAUGCCAACACCAUCUUCUUAAUCAUGCUUUUGUUCUAUCCUAAAAACGAAAAGCUUUUCAUGGUUUGCUUCUCAUUUGCAGAGGGGCCGCUAGCAUGGGCUUUAAUUGUUUGGCGUUGUAGCUUAGUGUUUAGUUCUGUGGACAAACUUGUUAGCGUCCUUAUACAUCUUUUACCAGGGGUGGUGUUUUUUACUAUCCGAUGGUGGGAUCCAGUCUUCUUUGAGGCUAUGCAUCCCGAGGGAACUGCAAUGAGAGCUUCAUGGCCUUAUGUUGGAAACAAGUCAUUUCUGUGGACGUGGCUAUUCAUGGUCCCGUUGAUUGCUUACAGCCUCUGGCAGGCUCUUUAUUUUCUCAUAGUGGAUGUUCUUCGCCGACAGAGACUGUUGAGGGAUCCUGAAGUCAUGACCUCGUACAGGGAACUCUCUAAAAAAGCACAAAAGGCAAACAACUUAUGGUGGCGUUUAAGUGGUUUGCUUGGAGACCAAAACCGUCUGUUCAUGUACAUUCUGCUCCAAGCCAUUUUCACAGUUGCAACAACCGCCCUCACAGUUCCAAUAUUUCUAUCUUAUGAGCUGCACCUUGCUUUCCAAAUGCUCAAGGUUUCAGCAACUGUGUGGAAUGGAGGUUCAUUCUUGCUAGAAGUCAUGCCAAGACAGGUGGUUCUGAAGGAGAAGAAAAAACAAAAGGUGGUGCAGCCUAUACAAGAAACUUACCAGCAAGAGUUGAAUCAUGAAACUCCAACUGAGGUAAAUAGUGCUUCUGAAACAGUCUUAUAAUUGUAUGUUCCUGUGUUCUAUUGACUUGUUUGUGUGUGGCAUGAAAGGCAAGUUUCAGUCUACGUCUUAUUUUGCUUAUAUUGUUAGUUACAGCUUGGUUUAGUUUAGAAUUUUAUAGUUAUAAGCCUGGUCGUAAGGAUAGCAUGUACUUUGAACUCAGUGUUUCAAAUUCAAUUGUGUUCGGUUAUGUUUAUGAAUCUGUUUAAAUUAA